AUGAGCCAGCCAAAGUCCUUGUUGCUGGUUGGUGCUACUGGUUUUAUAACAGAGAGUCAAUCAGAGACCCUGGAGAGGAACGGGAUCCGAAGCAUCGUCUUGGAAGGCGGCUUAGAUGAUUCAUCUGGCCUGACCCAUCUAGCCAGCCAGCAUGACAUCGUCGUCAACGCAGCUACCGGCUUCCACGCCGCUUCCGCAAGGGCCUUCAUCACGGGGCUUGCUGAGCGCAAGAAGAGCGUCUCCAUUGAUGUGUUUUAUAUUCAUUUGUCUGGGACCUCCAAUCUUGCCGUCGGCGACGUGACCGGCCUGGGCGGGGAGCGGCGGACCUUCUCCGACAAGGACGAGGACAUCUACGCGCACGAGGCCGGCGUCGAUGCGUGCCAGCCCUACGCCCAGCGGACUGCAGACCUUGCCGUCAUCGAGACGAGCGAGACCCUCAGCGUCAGGGCGUACAUCAUCAUGCCGCCUACCGUGUGGGGCCAGGGCACCGGCCAUUUCCACCGCGUGUCGCACCAGAUCCCCAUGCUCAUUCGGCAAGCCCUGAAAGCAGGUCGAGUCGAAUACGUCGCCCCGGGCUCGUCUCGGCUCGGCCAUGUGCACGUCGUCGACCUGGCCAGUCUGUUCGAGCUCGUUGUAGCGCGGGCUAUUGCCGAUCCUGCGCUUCCUUCGGGCAGGAAUGGUUACUUCUUUGCCAAUACAGGCAGUCAUUCCUGGCUGGAAGUGUCCGAGGCGAUUGCGAAAGCUGGUCACGAGCUUGGAGUUUUUCGCUCCAUGGAAACGGUCGCCUUGAGCCUGUCUGAAGCCGCUCCAAAAUUUAUGGGUGGUGAUGAAACACGUACUGAACAGACCCUGGCAUCCACGUCAGUAAUUUGGCCUACCAUGCUGUACCGUAUUCAAGGCUAA